UUCUGAAUAUUAUUUAGCAAAGAUUCACCUUAUGUGUACAAAGUGAAGUAUAAUGAUGACCAACUGCUUUAAAGUAAUUUUGCUUCUGUACCACCUUUUACAAUUUUCCGCAUCAGGAAACGUGCGGGUGACUUUCGAAAAAUGCGAAUGGAAAGGAUUUACCUGUAAAAGCUCAAUUGAGUUACCCGAAAGGAUCGAUGUAACAUUUCAAUGCAACAGCACUGUGACGGGUCAGGAUAUUGAGAUCUACAUCUGGUCAUUCAACGCGCCUAACACCAUAGCCUCAUUGACAAUUCAAGAUUGUGAAAAGGUGCACCUCCACUUUGCCUGCGGAGAUAACAAGGCGAUCCAAUGGCUCAAAGUGAGAAAUGUAGAAACACUGGAAAUAAUGCAGCCUACCGUCACGCAAAAUCCUCGCAAAGUAUAUUUUGAAAACAUCACUAGUAUAGCAACACUGCCAGCGGACAGCUUUUCCCAAAUGAAGAAUUUGCGUUAUAGACCAUCGUGCGGUUUUGCAACGAAUGAGCUGGAAGGAAUUUAUUUUAAGAACGUUUUUAUUGGUAACAUCGAAACUGCCGCCUUCAGAAAUUUAUCCGAUAUACGAGAAUUUGAGUGGAUCAAUGUUGCUGUUGACAAAAUAAGUUAUGCCGCCCUAAACAUUCGAUUUGCAGACGACGGUGUGGGAUCCAUAACAAAUUGCAGCUUUGGUAUUUUGGAGCCACUAGCUUUUCAGGUCACUGCCGAUCAGUUUUCAGUGAGGGGCACAACAAUAAAAGAUCUUUGGCCAAGCGGUUUAAAUGGCACAAGUGGCAACUUUGUGUUUACCAACAACACGGUGAAUAAUAUGCAAUCUGGAUCAAUAGCGAUGCUGUGUCAAACUGUCCUUAUCAAGUUCAACUAUUUCAAGAACGUCGAAUCUGGCGCUUUUGGUAAAAUAAGUCCUGGACUGUUACACGACUCCCAAACGCAUUUUGGCAAAUUGCAAUUCGUGUACGAUUUUAAGAGUAAUACAAUUGCGCAUGUGGAGGAUAAAGGAAUUCGUCCCGACAUCGAGACUUAUAGGAAUGUGGCGUCUUACUUGAAUUACACUGAGAACUUCCUGCAGUGCUCGUGUGAAUCGCUAUCCUGGUACGGGGCCGAUAUCAAUUUGGGCUUUGGAUAUAGCGUUUUAAAGGACUUUAACAUGAUGAUCUUGAAUCCUCAAAAUAAGAACAACUGCAAUUUUAGGCCAUGUAUGUGCUUUACCGGCAGUGCACCAGAAAAUGCAAGUGCUACCCUGAUUCCAGCAGUUUUCUAAAGUAGGCGCCCUGUUUUAUAACAAACC